AACAACUCCUAACAUCCACCCUCAACCAUCAUCAUCGUCUUCCUCGUCCAUCUCCCUUCCGAUGAUUCUCUUUCUUCAGAUCGAAACUCCAAAACUCAAACUUUAAAUAACUCAAUUCACCACAUUACAACCCAUCUCCUCCUCCUCCUCCUCUCAGAAAAAACCCUAAUUCAACCUCCCCUGUUCUUGCAUCCAAAUCAAAGAAAGCUGAUCCAACAUUCCGAGCUCCAAAGUUUCUCCCUUUCUGAACCAAAUUCCAUAAAGGAACAAUCUUUACUGAAUCAAACCUCCUGGGUACUUCGAAAUGAAUCUCCUUUAUUGCUCAAACAUAGCUGACAAGGAGAAAGAUCCCAUUUUUCUUUAAUGGGUAAAAAGAGAAUCUGAGAUGAGUCGCUCUCCCUCUUUCUCCGUGAAGCCAGACCUCACCAUCAAACCCGAUCUCGCCUCCUUAUCCCAAUGGGUCCACUCCUUCUGCAUAAUGAGAUUCGAUCUCGAACAAGGCCAGAUCCUAGAAUCAUCCUACCCACAAGGCUCCCUCUCCCAGCAAGAAGAGCUCUCCGUCUCCUUCAACUCCUUCCCGGACUCCGUCUCGCAGAAACACAACCGCUCCAGCAUCCACGACUGCAUCUUCUUCUUCCGUUUCCUCAAAGACGACAAGUUCCUCUACGGUUACGUGUUCAACAGGCAAAGACACGACGAGAGGCUGAAACGUGGAGGUGAGCAGAAGUCUGUUGUGAUACUAUCGCACAGUCCUUACUCUAGUGUCUUUAGACCUUUGCUUCAGAUCAUUGGUCCUUUGUAUUUUGAUGUUGGGGAGAAAGCUAUUGAACAUGUUGCUGGUUUUGUCUCCUUGUGGCCUCCUCCUGUGCCUGGGAAGCUCAUGGAGUUGCCUAUUGGUAACGCGAUGCUUAAAGUGAAUUUGCCUCCUCCGCAUAGUCUUCCUUUGGAGGAUGGGGUUUCGUAUGAGGAGUCUGCUUCUUCCAUGGCUCCUUUGCUUCCUACGAAUCAGUCUGUUCCUCAGGGGCUGUUCCAUGAUGCGGAUUUGUUUGGGGUUUAUAGAGGGUUGUUGUUGCAGUUGUGGACGUUGUGGGAGUUGUUGUUGAUCGGUGAGCCGAUACUUAUUAUAGCGCCGACGCCUCCGCAGUGUUCGGAGGCUGUUGCUUGUCUUGUGAGUUUGGUUGCUCCGUUGUUUUGUAGUGUGGACUUUAGACCGUAUUUCACUAUACAUGAUCCGGGGUUUGCGAGGUUGAACUCUCUCCGGGAAGGAGAGAGUUUCCCUCCUAUGGUUUUGGGUGUUACUAAUCUUUUUUUCCUUAAAGCGCUUCGGAAUAUGCCGCAUGUUGUCUCUGUUGGAACUCCUUCUUUGAACUCAAACCGUGUGCCGUUUUCAAGUAGGUCUUCUACUGGUAGAUUAUCCGGUGGUAAGUCUGAAGGUUUAGGUGUUCAGCAGCUUUCUUUGAGGAGAUUCUCUCCUACAAACUUGCUGAACGCUGUGAAACUUAGACGAGAUGGACCUUUGUGUCUUAUGACUGAGCAUAAAGAAGCUGUGUGGACGAGUUACUCUGCGGUAACGAAGCCGGAUACGGGCGUUUUGAAUAGACUUGUUGAUGCUGGGAUGUCUCCGAGAGUUGAGGAGUCAAUGUCUGUUGUGAAUAAUGAGAUUCUGAGACGGCAUUUCUUGGAGUUGACUACAAACUUCUUGGCUCCUUUUGGUCCUUAUUUCCAAGUUAACGCUCCUUCUGAUGGAACUUCACCUUAUGUGGCCCCUCCUCCGCUUCCAUCGUUUAGUGCUGAUGAGUUUCUUAUGAACUUAUCCGCGAGAGGUGUGGGGAAGUUUUUGUCUAAACGCAUGAAAUCAAAUUGGCCUGACUUGUAUAGGUAUUGUACACUCUUUGAGUUUGACAAUCUUUGGAGUUGUUGUCUUAUUCUGGAAACUAUUGUUUUCAGGCGGUUUCUACAAGGGCCUAAUUUUGUCCCAUGGUUCCAAAGACGGCGUGCUGUAGCUGAGCAAGAACAACGUAGAUUAUGGAAGGUGGCUAGAAUGAAGACUGAUAUGAGGCAGAUUACAUCUCAGAUGAAUGAAAUUGAAGCUGUGGAUUCCUUUGAUGCCAUUGAGAAAUACAUUAAUGAAGAAGUCAAGUUGAGGGAAUCAGGAGGAGGAGGAGGUGCAGAUUCAGAAGCAAGUUUUGAGAAACUGAAGAAGGAUUUACAGGCGGUGUUUAGUGUACUACCAAGGGAUAUGCAGGAACUUUUGCUUUCAAAUCCGCAAAGAGCAUCACUUCUUCAAGAUCCAUCAGAGCUCCAAUGAUUCAUCUCUUUUUUUAACUAGAGAUUCCAUGAAGAAUUGUGGUUUCAUUCUCUUAUGUUCUGUUUAAUUCUUUCAACUGUGUCAAAAGAAAAUUCUUCAUAUUCCUUAGUUUUUUCUCCACGUAACUCAUGAAACAUGUGAAUCAAGCAACACUGGAUUCACUGAUCAAUAUUCUGUUGUGACACAAUUAUACGUCCAUUAGAUAUUGCCAUAGUAACAUGAUUGAUUU